CCUGUACCUGCCAGUCUCCAAGUGCCCCUAGUUACAGGUCAGCUCCACACAGAAGGGGAGGAGCUACUUCCCAGGGUCUGUGUCCAGCAUUGCAGCCCCACAUCCCAGCAACCAAAAGUGCUGCCCACCUGAAGACCAAGAAGGACCUUGCCCACUGUGUUGAGUGCCAUGUGAGUGCUCAGUCCAACAGGAUGGCUGGUGCACCGGUGAAAUUUUUAUCUGUGUUUGGAUUCAGUCUUAUCUGCCUUAAAAUGGUUGCUUCAACAAAAACAGUUCCCGAAAUACCCACUAUUGAUCAGGCUUAUUCAAAAAUCAGCAACAGUAUCACUGUAGAAUGGGCUACAGUGCCAGGAGCCACCAGUUACCUCCUCACGGCCAAAGACGGGAACACUGUCAUUGAGACCAUGGUGGCCAAUUCCCCAGGCACUGUGACUGGCCUGAAAGCUGCAACCUGGUACCAGAUCACCAUCAGGUCCAUCAGUCCUGCGGGGAGAAGCCAGGCAUCACCUCCAAAACAGGCAAAGACAGUACUGGCGGCACCUAUUCUACAAGUAAGCUCUCCAAGUUCAGACUCUAUUCUUGUGCAGUGGGAAGCUGUAUAUAUGGCCAUUGGAUUCUCUGUGUCCAUUAUGCAAGCUAAUGGUUUGGGUAGAAUAUGGAAAGAGAAUACCACCAACACCUCCUUGACAUUCACCAGUUUAGCCGCAGGGACUCUCUACACCAUAAAGGCCUAUGCAUGGAAUGCCAAUGGAACCCCUGGGGAUGACUCCACCUGCAAUCAGAGAACAAGUCCAGGUACUCCUGCCAACAUUCAAGUCUCUUUUGAUAGUGGUGCUCUGAAGGCAUCUGUUUCAUGGGCACCGACAGAAGGAGCUUUCAACUAUACCGUGAUGGCUUUGAGUGACUCUUCCAGGCUGAGCUGCAGUACAGCUUUCAGUUCCUGCACCAUCUACCCUCUCCAGUGUGGAACCAAGUACCUGAUUUCAGUUUCAGCAAGUAAUGAUGCCGGAUCUAGCAGAUCAACUUCAGCAGUGACUUUAAAAUCCGUUGCUUGCGCACCUGGAAAAGUGGCAAUCCAAGAAGAUCCUCCUGGCCACCUGUCUGUAGCUUGGUCCAGUGUGGAUCUGGGUGAUUACUAUGUGGCCUUUGUGAAGAGUGAUGAUGGCUUGGAAGUACAUUGCAACACUUCCCUCACCCAGUGCAAUUUCUUAUCUGAGUGUGGCUUCACUUACUUUAUUAGUGUUUUUGCCUAUAACAAGGCAGGGCAGAGUCCUUUGGGUGAUGUGUUUAAUUAUACCACAGCUCCCUGUUGUCCUAGUGACAUUAACCCCGUGCUGGUGUCCAGUGACAGGGUAGAGAUUGUCUGGUCUCCCGUCCGAGGUGCCGAACUUUAUGGAACAAGGGCUGUGGAUGGCUUCAGUGUGGUUGAGUGUAACGACACUGCUCCGGCUUGCACGCUUUCUGCUCUAGAGUGUGACACCAAGUAUAACAUCACGGUGUAUUCCUUCAGUGAAGUCCGGGGCAGCAAUACGUCAUGUACUGCCCAAUUCAUAACCACAGCUCCUUGCAGUCCUGAAAUCAAAAGCAUUUCAAAGGAUGACUUUUCCAUGGUUCAUGUGCGCUGGCAAUCCACUAAUGAUGAGGCCACUUACACGGUGACUGCCCGGGGAGAGAAAGGGUUGCACCAGUGCAGCAGCACCGGAGAGUCCUGCACCCUGGGGGGCUUGCCCUGCGGCUCCCUGUUCUCUGUCACCGCCGUGGCCGAGACGCCCGCGGGACGGAGCCUGCCCAGCUACACUGUGCCUCUGGAGACGGCACCGUGCUGCUCAGCCAGUCUGAUGGUAACUCAGGUCGCUCAAUCAGUAAUCAACGUGAGCUGGACUGUUGGGAGUGGAGCCCUAACCUAUGUGACAGUUCUGCAGUCACAAUCGGGACAGUCAAAGUGUCACACCCAUCAGAACCACUGCCUCCUGGGAUGCAUCGCAUGCGGCAUCAAUUACACAGUGGCAGUAAAAGCAGUUAGUGCCACUGGAUUGACUGCGGACUGCGCCUACCAAAGUUAUUCCUCUAGUGCCUGCUGCCCUUUGGGGGUGAAAUUAUACAGGCUGGGCCCUAAUGGCAUCCGGAUCCACUGGCAGGCCUCCAGGGGCUCUGCCAAUUACAGCACCGACCUCUAUGGUUCCAAAGGCAUUUUCACAUGUGCCCCAAGCGCUGGCCUCAGUUUCUGUGAUGUUACGGAGAUACCCUGCGGGGAUGUGUAUACCGUGAUGGUCUCACCAGUUGCUGAGACAGGACUGAAGCUUACUUUCUGUCCAAAAAAAAUAUAUUCAGUAACCUGCUCUGGAAGUACACUUGGAAUGGUGAUUUACAGAGGGAAGAGAAAUGUGGAAUGACACAGUAAACCAUGGAUGAAAACAGAGACUUGACUAAGGUUCCUUAAUUGUUAGUGUGAUUAGAGCUGGAAAAUGUCUAUUAGAAUACAAAACGCCUCUAGGAUAGGACAAGCUCUUUUGGCCUUUAGAAGAACUGCUCUGACUCCACUUCCUGAGUUCCAGGUCAGGUGUGUCCUCAAUGGCACAGGAGUUCAAGAUCUGCUGCAGAGAAGACUCAGGGGAGAAAUUAAUCCAGAAAGUCUUGUGAAAGGCUGCCAGAGUGAGCCAGCGCACUGGAAAAGUCCUGAAGAUGUGAAAGGUCUGCGUAGAAGAAAUUCUUGGAGAUUUCUUACACCCAGACAUAGUAGAGACUACAACACACCCACUUCAUAAGUGUUUCAGCGACCCAGCACUUGCCAUGCAGCUCUCUAGCCAUUCAAGAGUUGGAAGCGUCCAUUCCCAAAGAAGUCAAAAUCAAGCCACCACACGUUGACUGCACUCAUCCAAAACAAAACUCAACAAGGACUUUGGCUGAGGCUGGAUAGCAGCAGCUGCCAGGGCCACCUGUAGGAAAUAACACCCUCACCUAAAGUUAGAAGGAGGAAAAAAAUUAUAAUAAUAAAGUUAGGAGGAAGCCAAGCCAUUUGCAGGCUUUUCCAAGUGAAAGAAAGCAUCAUGUGUUGACACCUCUGUGUGAGUAUCUGGGAAAGCAGAGUUGCUAGCCUGUUACUGGAAUGAUUGUAGUCAUGCUUUUGAAUAAACAAAGACUUCAGAUGGAGGGACAGUCAGGGCCAGAAACCCAAACUGUG